AUGUCACACUUCCCCAACGACGACGGUCCACAGACCGCUGGGGCCGGCAAAACCCCCUUUCCCUGGGCAGAUACGGAACGGGCGGAGCCCCCGCUGCUCGGGACCAGGCGGGGGAUCCGCUACCGACCCCACGAGCCGAAGGGCCAGAAGAGAAGCGACUGUCCCCACGUCCAGCUUGGCCCCUCGCCGAGGCCAAGCGCUCCCGCAGGACCCGAGGGGUCUGCGGGGGAGCAGACAGCAGUCGCCGAGAGCGCACCCUCCCCCCGCCGCCCGACUUCGGUCGGCUCCGGCGACGCGGGAGCGCCACCGGAAAAACCUCAGCUGACCCGGCCUGGACACGGCCCGGAGCCGCGGGCGGGGACUCUGCGGACGGCGGCGCGGCCCCCGCCGACCCCCCGGCCCGGCCGCCUCCCCUGCCCCGCCACCUCGGUCUCCCGGCGCCCGCCGAGCGCCGCGGGGCUCCCUCGCGCCGCGCAUCCUGCGCCCCUCGCCCGACAGAACGCGGACGCGGGCCCCCGGCCCGCCCCGGCCCGCUCCCCGGCGCCCCCCGCCCCGGCGCCGCUCGCCGAGGCCUGCCCCGGCCCUCGCGCCAGCCCCGGGCCUCCCGCGCCCGGCCCGCCCGGCCCGGAGCCCGGCCGCCUCCCGGCCUCCCCAACUUCGGGCUCCCCGCCCGCCCGGCCCCCUCCUCAGCGCCCCCGUUAG